AUGGCUCAGCAGUGUAGAGAUAAGAGAGUCCCCAGUGUAGGCCAGGAGAACAAAGAUCUGUCAGUGGUUCUGGAAGACAGGAAUCCCAAGUCAGUGCAUAGAACAGGACCUCUGAGCUCCAGCAGGGGUGGUCAACCAAACCCUGGCAGGCACACUGCAGAACUGGCAGCAGGAACAAGCUUGCAGGGCCCUCUGGUGGGCAUCUUGUUUUCCAGGCUCACUUGGCAGGCAGGCCUAGCAGGCAAAUGCACAAUAGAGCAGGCCACUGGCUCAGGUUCAAAGAAACAAAUGGGAGGUUGGAGGAUGACCCAGAUGUGCAUAAAUUAUAAUAAUGAACACCCUAUUGGUUGGUAUAUCUGGUUAUUGCUGCUGAUUUUCCUAGUGGCUCUUCUCUGUGGAGCUGUGCUCUUCUGCCUCCAGUGCUGGCUGAAAAGAUCUCAAGUUGUUUCCCCGAGACACACCAUGGCCGUUUUCGCAGUUGGAGACUUAGAUCAUGUUUAUGGGAUGGAAGCUGCUAUGAGUACAACUAUUGGAAUUCACCGUCAAACUCAAAACACUGAGCCAUGUCCUGUUCCUUGCUUAGGUCCCCCACCUCCAUAUGAAGAAAUUCUAAAAACAAGCCAACUUUAG